GAGAAAGAGGUCAUACAUAAUAAACACAACCCACCUUCUCUUCUUCCCCAUUUUCACCUUCCUCUUUUCCAACCAUUUAUUAGAUUCCUUUAUAAUGGACUUUUCUUUUCUCCACUCUAUUAUUAUUCUCACCUCAAAAACAACAAACCCCAUCUCAAUCUUUUAAUUACUUCUUCACAAUUUUUGCUCUAUUCAGUGGUUUUUCUGGGACUUUUUAGAGACUAUUUUUGAGUCUUGUUUUUUGUUGUUGUUGUUGUUAUUGGUUGUGGUGUUUUCUGUAUAACUUUCUUUGGGUUUAUUCAAGAAAAAAGAACCCAUAUGUAUAUUUGAUAUAAAGGGAUUGAAGGGAAUAAUCAAAACUUCUAGAUAAUACAAUUUUAUUUUGUAUAAGAAGAAAAAAAAUUGUAACUUUUUGCAUUUUCAGUUUUGUAAAAUUGUAUAAGGGUGAAAAAAAAGUUAUAUUGGAAAGAUGGGAAAGCAAGGGCCUUGCUAUCACUGUGGUGUUACAAGCACUCCUCUUUGGCGUAAUGGACCACCAGAGAAGCCAAUACUUUGCAAUGCAUGUGGAUCUCGGUGGCGAACAAAAGGGACACUGGUAAACUACACUCCUCUGCAUGCAAGGGCUGAACCAGAUGAUCUUGAAGAUUACAGGGUCUCAAGAUUCAAAAACUUUCCUGUUAAGAACAAAGAGGUCAAGAUGCUGAAACGAAAGAAAAGUCAUGAUAAUCCUGAAAUUGGAAUUCUUCCUGAAUAUCAUCAGGGUUUCCACCGUAAGGCUUUAGAUGAAGAUACAAGCAAUAGGUCAAGUUCCGGCUCUGCCGUGUCAAACACUGAAAGCUAUGGACAAUUUGGUAGUGCUGAAGCAAGUGAUUUGACAGGCCCUGCCCAAUCAAAUAUAUGGGAUGCAACGGUGCCUUCAAGGAAGAGAACAUGUGUCAAUCGUCCAAAGCAAUCUUCAGUUGAAAAGCUUACCAAAGACCUGUAUACCAUCUUACAUGAACAACAAUGUUCAUACUUCUCUGGAUCUUCUGAAGAAGAUUUGCUUUUUGAAAGUGACAAGCCGAUGGUCUCCGUUGAAAUAGGACAUGGAAGUGUGCUCAUUCGGCAUCCAAGUUCUAUAGGUAGAGAAGAAGAAUCAGAAGCCAGCUCUCUGUCGGUUGACAACAAGCACCAUUCAUCCAAUGAAGCUUAUUCACAAUUGACUACCCCACCUGUAAAUAUUAGUAAGGGUGGCAAUUCAUCAAACCUGGUAAUUCAGAGAACCCAGAAGACUUCUGGUCAAGGAGUGGAACAUGAACAGUUUAAAAGGAGCAGGGACCACCUUGAAAAAUUGCAGAUUCUCGGACAUCAUAAUUCGCCAUUGUGCCACAUAGACCUUAAGGAUGUACUUAACUAUGAAGAAUUCACAAGGCAUCUGUCAAGUGAUGAACAACAGCAACUACUAAAGUACUUACCUCCAGUUGAUUCUUUUUCACCUCCCGAGAGUCUCAGGGGCAUGUUCGAGAGCUCUCAAUUUGAGGAGAAUUUGUCUUCCUUCCAGAAACUACUUGCAGAAGGCGUUUUUGAUAACUCGUUAUCUGGGGUGACAAUAGAAGAAUGUAGAAACCUGAAGAGGUUUAUGUUGUGCUAUUUAAUGAAGUCAAAGUGGGUGGAACAAGUUAAUCUUCUUAAGGACAUGAAAUGUAAAAAUAGUAGCAGUAGUUCUGAAGUUGCUGGAGGGCGCAAUGUUUUUGGCACAGGUCAUUCAGUGAACAUGAAGAGACCACGCGAUGGGCAACAUCCAAAAUAUUUAGGGGUAAACACAACAAUGAAGAGCCCCAAGAGGGUGGUGAUGAAAAACAGCUAUGAACAGAAGGAAAUCAUGGAGAAUGAUAGCUCUUGCUUCAGUCCAAAAAGCCUUUUCGCAUUGCCAUCUGAGAAUUCGUUCCGUUUUACAAAUGAAAGUUCUGAUCAGGACUUGCUGCUGGAUGUGCCAUCCAACAGCUCCUUCCCUCAGGCAGAACUCCUCCUACCAACAGCUAGUUUUGCAGCUCAAGCAAGCACAAGCAGUAGCUCCAUAUACCCGCACCUCAUCCACCCCUAGAAACACUAUCACACUUGGCUUUCUGUCUUGUAGCGUAUUUACAACCUUAUUUGGCCAAACCACAUUACUGUCUCUGCAUAUCACAUACCAAAUAUAGAAAGUUCCGCGAAGGGAUUCAGAUGGUUGCCUUUUGCCUUUUUGCAGGUAACCUAAUAUUAAACGAAAUUUUGGAUUUAGCGGAUGGAUAUUAUGCUUGUUUUUCAUCCUUUUGUAUAGGUUGACAAAUUGUACAAUAUAGUUGAAAAUGCAGAGGUGGUGAUGUCUAGAGAUUUUUGUAUGCACUGAAGCUUUUAACUUAAAUUGAGGACACCCUUCUGUCUUUUA